ACCGCCGUCGUGUACCGCCUCAUCCGCGAUUCCCGCUACGCCGAGGCGGUGCAGCUGCUGGGCGGCGAGCUCCAGCGGAGCCCGAGGAGCCGCGCCGGCCUGUCGCUGCUGGGCUACUGCUACUACCGCCUGCAGGAGUUCGCGCUGGCCGCCGAGUGCUAUGAGCAGCUGGGCCAGCUGCACCCCGAACUGGAGCAGUACCGCCUGUACCAGGCCCAGGCCUUGUACAAGGCGUGCCUUUAUCCAGAGGCCACCCGGGUGGCCUUCCUCCUGCUGGACAACCCCGCCUACCACAGCCGGGUCCUGCGUCUGCAAGCCGCUAUCAAGUACAGCGAGGGCGACCUGCCCGGGGCCAAGAGCCUGGUGGAGCAGCUGCUGAGUGGGGAAGGGGGAGAGGACGGUGGGGGCGAGAACGAGCCCGAUGGCCAGGUCAACCUGGGUUGUUUGCUCUACAAGGAGGGACAGUAUGAAGCCGCGUGUUCCAAGUUCUUUGCGGCCCUGCAGGCCUCGGGCUACCGGCCUGACCUCUCCUACAACCUGGCUUUGGCCUAUUACAGCAGCCGGCACUAUGCCUCGGCCCUGAAGCAUAUCGCCGACAUUAUUGAACACGGCAUACGCCAGCACCCAGAGCUCGGUGUGGGCAUG